AUGAGACACUCUGCCGCCCGCCCGCUGCUCGCGCGUCUCGCGCCGCCCCUUCCGGUAUACCGACGGCUUCCUUGUGCAUACUAUUCUUCCGCAUCUGGCGAUGCAGCUGCAUCCCCCGCCACUUCAUUGAGCCCGCGAUGGCUCUCGGACAUCAAAUCCCGGAUCGGAAAGUGUAUUACCUUUGGUUUGCAGCCUGAACAGACUGAUGCUGCUGGCAGCAUGUUGAAGGAGCUGGCUCGCGAUUGGAGGGAGCUUGUCGCGGGGAGCGAAGGGUUCUUGACAGAGAAGAGCAGGAGGGGGCUCUAUCGCCAGGAGGUCGUGUGGGGAGAAAUGGUCCGCCAUGUCAACAAUGUCGUCUACAACCGGUACGCAGAGUCGGCGCGCGUCAACUGGGGGCUCAAUUUCGCCAACGUCCACGACCCAGCCCACCGGAAAGAAUGGGGCGAAAUCAUGACCCCGAAGGCAGACGGACUCAUCCUACGAAGCAUCCGUACUGACUACAAGUUUCCUAUGACUUAUCCGGAUCGUGUAACCGUGUUGCACAAGCUGCGCUCUGAGCCUACGGAUGAAACAGACUCGUUCAUUCUGGAUGUCGUCGUCCUUUCCGAGCGGCAUCGCAGGCCAGCCGCACGCUGCGUGGAGGACAUUGUCGUGUAUGACUACCAACGGGGCAAGAAGACGCCUCUGAAGCCGUUCAUGCUGAGGCAAUUCCGGGAGACGUUUGCGCUGCAGGAGGCCGCCAAGAAGAAGUACAGCGAGAGGGUGGCCUUGUUGUCAGAGCAGGUUAGGGCGCUGGAGACGUCCAGCUGGGACCAGCCAGAUGCAAAGGAGGACUUUGGCAGCGCCAGCGCUUGA